ACCCCACAGCUCACAGUCUUCCAGGGUCGUGGUCCUUACAGUCAUGGCUUUUAAAUUUCUUCUGGUAACAGCCUUAGCCUUAUGUCAUGGAUUCAAUCUGGACACCGAAAACCCCAUGACCUUCCAAGAGAAAGCAAGAGGCUUCGGGCAGAGUGUGGUCCAGCUCGGUGACUCCAGAGUGGCUGUUGCAGCCCCCCAGGAGGCAAAGGACGUUAACCAAACAGGUGGCCUCUACCAGUGUGACUACAGCACCAGCAGGUGUGAGCCCAUUUCCCUGAAAGUGCCCCCAGAGGCUGUGAACAUGUCCUUGGGUUUGUCCCUGGCUGCCUCUACAGACCCCUCCCAGCUGCUGGCUUGCGGCCCCACUGUGCAACAAACGUGCAAGGAGAACACGUAUGUUAAAGGGAUGUGCUUCCUGUUCGGCUCCAACCUGAUGCGGCCGCCCCAGAAGUUCCCAGAGGCUAUCAGAGAAUGUCCUCAGCAGGAGAGUGACAUUGCCUUUUUGAUUGAUGGCUCUGGUAGCAUCCACCCCACAGACUUUCAGAAGAUGAAAGAGUUUGUCUAUACUGUGAUGGAGCAGUUCACAAAGUCGAAAACCUUGUUCUCUUUGAUGCAGUACUCUGAUGAAUUCCGGACUCACUUCAACUUCGAUGCUUUCAAGAAAAAUCCUAACCCAAGAACACAUGUGAACCCCAUCAGGCAGCUGAAUGGAAAGACAAAAACCGCCUCAGGAAUCCGCAAAGUAGUGAGAGAACUGUUUCAGAAAACUUCUGGGGCCCGGGAGAAUGCCGUGAAGAUUCUAGUUGUCAUCACAGAUGGAGAAAAAUACGGCGAUCCCUUGAAUUAUGAGGAUGUCAUCCCUGAGGCAGACAGAGCAGGGGUCAUUCGCUAUGUCAUUGGGGUGGGGAAUGCCUUCACUAGUAGGAAAUCCCGCCAAGAGCUUGAUACCAUUGCUUCUAAGCCAGCUGGAGAUCACGUGUUCCAAGUGGACAACUUUGAAGCCCUGAAGACCAUUCAGAACCAGCUCCAGGAGAAGAUCUUUGCCAUUGAGGGCACUCAGACAGGAAGUACCAGCUCUUUUGAGCAUGAGAUGUCUCAAGAAGGCUUCAGUGCCGCCAUCACCUCUAAUGGUCCGUUGCUGGGCUCUGUGGGGAGCUUUGACUGGGCAGGUGGAGCCUUUCUGUACACAUCACAGGAUAAAGCCACCUUCGUCAACACAACCAGAGUGGAUUCAGAUAUGAACGAUGCUUACUUGGGUUAUUCUUCUGCGGUCAUCAUGAGGAGCCGGGUCCAAAGCUUGCUUUUAGGGGCACCUCGAUAUCAGCAUAUUGGUCUGGUGGUGAUGUUCAGACAGAAUUUUGGUGCCUGGGAGCCCCAGGCUGAUAUCAAGGGCAGCCAGAUUGGCUCUUACUUUGGGGCCUCCCUCUGUUCCGUGGACAUGGAUGGUGAUGGCAAUACCAACUUGAUCCUCAUUGGGGCCCCUCAUUACUAUGAGCAGACCCGAGGAGGCCAGGUGUCAGUGUGUCCUUUGCCUAGAGGGCAGAGAGCUCGGUGGCAGUGUGAAGCCAUUCUCCACGGCGAGCAGGGCCAUCCCUGGGGUCGUUUCGGGGCAGCUCUGACAGUCCUGGGAGAUGUGAAUGGGGACAAGCUGACGGAUGUGGCUGUUGGGGCUCCAGGAGAGCAGGAGAAUCAGGGAGCCGUCUACAUCUUUCAUGGGGCAUCGACAGUCAGCAUCAGCACCGCUCACAGCCAGCGCAUCGCAGGGGCCAGCUUCUCCCUCAAGCUCCAGUACUUCGGUCAGUCGCUGAGUGGAGGCAAGGACCUCACAAUGGACGGCCUGACAGACCUAGCUGUGGGGGCCCAGGGGCACCUCCUGCUGCUCAGAGCCCAGCCCGUGUUAAGACUUGAGGCAACCAUGGAAUUCAUUCCCAAUAUUCUAGCAAGGAGUGUGUUUGAAUGUCAGAAUCAAGCCUCAAGAAACAAAGAUGCUGGGGAGGUCAGAGUCUGCCUCCGUGUCCGCAAGAGCACCAGGGAUCGGCUGCAAGAAGGAGAUAUCCAGAGCACUGUCACUUACGACCUGGCGUUAGACCCUGGCCGCACACAGGCCCGUGUCCGUGCCAUCUUUGAGGAGACAAAGAAUAACACUCGCCGGAGGGUCCAGGUCUUUGGGUUGACACGGAAAUGUGAAACCCUGAAGCUGCAGUUACCAGUCUGUGUGGAGGACUCGGUGAGUCCCAUCAUCCUGCGCCUCAACUAUACGCUGGUGGGGGAGCCCUUGGGCUCCUCUAGGGACCUCCGGCCUGUUCUGGCUGAGGAUGCUCAGAGGCUCUUCACAGCUACGCUUCCCUUUGAGAAGAACUGUGGCAACGACAGCAUUUGCCAGGAUGACCUCAGCAUCACUCUGAGUUCCAUGGGCCAGGACAUUUUGGUGGUGGGAGACCCUCGGGACUUCAACCUGAGGGUGACAGUGAGAAAUGACGGUGAAGACUCCUACGGGACC